AUGCCUGCCGCCGAUUCUACAUUUAGAGUCGAAUAUGCAAAAUCUGAUCGAUCAAAAUGCAAAAGUUGUCAAUCAACGAUCGAAAAAGAUACUUUUCGAUUUGCAAUUAUGGUUCAAUCACCAAAAUUUGAUGGAAAAGUUCCCACUUGGUAUCAUACGGAUUGUUUUUUCAAAAAAGUGAAAUUAAUUGAUGUGAAAAUUAUCAAAGGUUUUGAUGAUUUACGUUGGGAAGAUCAAGAUACAAUUCGUAAUAUCAUUCAAGAAAAUUCUAAAAUACUAUCCAAUGAAAAUGAUUCGAACAAUACAUUUUCUGUUCAAUAUGCUAAAUCCAAUCGAAGUACAUGUCAUGGUUGUCACAUAUCAAUUGAUAAAGAUACCUUACGUUUAUCAAGAAAAAACUAUACAAGUAGAAGGGCACGACGUUAUGGACCAACUGAUGAAUGGUAUCAUGUGAAUUGUUUUAAUCAAAUGAAAAAAGAUCUUGGAUUCUUUGGUACUGCUGAAUCAUUUUUCGGUUUUGUUGAUUUGAAUGACGAAGAUCAAGUGGAACUUAAAGAGAAAUUUGGUACAUCGACUAGUUCAAAACGAAAGCGUAAAGGUGAAGUGAUGAACAAUGAAUCAACAAAAGCAAAACAAGCAAAAGUUGAAGAUACAUCAUCGGAAACUUCGAAUGAACAAGAAGAGACACGUCUCAAAAAGGAACAAUGUGAACUACUAUGGGCUUACAAAGAUGAGUUGAGAAAAGAAAUUCCCAAUAGUGUUCUAAAAGAAUUACUUGAAUUUAAUGCACAAAAGUCUGUUUCUGGAGAAUCAAAUUUAAUCGAUGCCGUGACUGAUUGUAUGGCAUUUGGUGCACUUGAACCAUGUCCUGAAUGUAAUGGUUGUCUUGUUUUCAAUUAUACAAAUUAUCGUUGUACAGGCAAUAUUACCGAAUGGACAAAAUGUUCUUAUUCAACAAAAUUACCUCAACGAAGAUCAUUUGAAAUUCCAGAUAAAAUCAAAGAAAACUACGACAUAUUACCUGAUUAUGAUCCGAAAUUACCUCUUAAUGGUUAUUCAGUUGCAUUACUCGGUCGUUUAUCAAAGAGAAUAAGAACUUUACAAAAACAAAUCGAACAAUUAGGUGGCACAAUUGCUACGACUAUUGACAAAACAGUCGAUGUGAUCAUUAGUACACAAGAUGAAGUACAAAAAGGAAAUAAAAAAAUUCAAGAUGCACAAACAUGCGAAAUUCAUAUUGUUCCAGAACAAUUCUUGGAUGAUAUACUCAAUGAUCGACCAUCAAUUGUGAUGGAAAAAUUGAAAAUAUCAACAUGGGGUAUUUUACCACAUAUUCGAAAACAACAAGCUUAUGAAAAGAAAAAAACAAGACAAAAAUCAUCAACCACAUUUAAAUCUGUCGCUCGAUUAAAACAAUUCACACCAGAAAAAGUUACUAUGAAAUUAAAAGAUGGUGCUGCAGUCGAUCCUGAUUCUGGUAAGUUUCAGUCAGUUCAAGCUUUACAAUUUUCAAAUCCUAUCGGUCGUACUGGUACAACUUUUGGUGGUAAAAAAAUAGAUGAAUAUGAUGAUCAAUCUGAAGUGAUCGAUGCAUUUCAUCGAAUAUUUUUCGAUAAAACUGGUAAUCAAUGGAUUGAUCGAGAAACAUUUAAAAAAAUGCCAAAUAAACAUUAUCCAUUAGAAAUCGAUUAUGGACAACAUGGUGAUAAUGAUCAAAUACAAAAAAUAUUGAAUGAUCCAAAUGCAAAAAAUCAUUCUAGUCUUCCACAAUCUGUACAAGAUCUAAUUCGUUUAAUUUUUAAUGUUGAGACAAUGGAAGAAACAUUACUAUCAUUCGAAAUUGAUCUAAGAAAAAUGCCUUUAGGCAAACUUUCACGUAAUCAAUUAAAUAUGGCAUAUCAAGUUCUCACUGAAUUACAAACAUUAAUUACUAGUGGCUCAACAAAAAAAACAUCUAUAAUUGAUGCUACUAAUCGAUUUUAUACACUUAUUCCACAUAAUUUCGGUCUUAGUAAACCGAAACUUCUUGAUAAUAUCGAUUUAAUUCAAUCAAAAACACAAAUGAUUGAUAAUUUACUUGAAAUUGAAAUAGCCUAUUCAAUGUUAAAAGGAUCGAUAGAUGAAAAAGAUGAACAUCCGAUUGAUGUUCAUUAUAAAAAAUUAAAAUGUAUAAUUGAACCUAUCGAUAAGAAUACGGAAGAAUUUAAACAAAUUGAACAAUAUAUGAUUAAUACACAUGCAUCAACACAUAAUACAUAUACAUUAAAAUUGAAAGAAUUAUUUAAAAUAAUACGCGACGGUGAAGAUGAUCGUUUUCGAAAAUGGGAAAAAAUUGAAAAUCAUCAAUUGUUAUGGCAUGGUUCAAGAAUAACGAAUUUUGCUGGAAUUCUCAGUCAAGGAUUACGUAUAGCUCCACCCGAAGCACCAAUGACAGGUUACAUGUUUGGUAAAGGUGUCUAUUUUGCUGACAUGUCUUCGAAGAGUGCAAAUUAUUGUUUGCCAAAAAGAGAAACACCCGAAGGAUUAAUGCUUUUAUGUGAAGUUGCUCUCGGUAAAAUGUACGAAUGUUAUAAAAUGACAAAUCUUUCGGCAGAAAAAUUGCCCGUUGGUACACAAUCGGCCAAAGGUUGUGGACAAACAAUUCCUGAUCCAAAAAAACACUAUUAUACGGAUGAUGGAGUCCUCGUUCCAAUGGGUCUUGGUGUUAAUGCAAAACUUCCACAAAGUUCACUAUUGUACAAUGAAUACAUCGUCUAUGAUACUGAACAGAUCAAGAUCAAAUAUCUUCUACGUAUUGAGUUUAACUACAAAGAUUGA